AUGGAGAUUGAAAAUAUUGUCGCCAAUACCGUCUAUAUAAAGGCGCGGGAAAGUGGUGGACAGAAGAAAGGGAAGAGCAAAAAAUGGAAAACUUUUCUUCAAUUUCCGCAUUAUUCUGAUUGUCUAGCACUCAAAGGAGCUAUAGAUAUAACCUAUGCAUAUAUAGUUGAGCGUCAACCUAUUGGACGAGUAUUGUUCGAACAAUUCUGUGAUGUAAGCAAUCCUGUCUUCAAAUAUGCUUGCAUUUUUACUAGAAAGAUUCGAGAAUAUGAAACAUCUGAUGAUGAUGAGUUUCUUCGAAAUAAAGUUGGAAGGGAAAUAGUCUUCAUGAUGAGACCUGAUCAAGAUUUGGAAUGGUACAACUUCCUACCUGAUUCAGUUGUUAUUAGCAUUCGGGAGCUAGGAAAUCAAUUGUUUGUUAAUAGCGAUACGUUUGACUAUGUCAGCAAGUUGGUUAGAAAUUUCUUAGCGAGUGAACCAUUCUUCUUGUUCACUGAGUCAAACUAUUUCUUGCGGUAUUUGCAAUGGAAAUGGCUUGAGCAUCGUCCAGUAGAUAAACAUACAUUCCGCCUGUACAGAGUUCUUGGAAAGGGAGGAUUCGGUGAAGUCUGUGCAUGCCAAGUUCGUUGUUCUGGCAAAAUGUAUGCAUUGAAAAAAUUGGAGAAGAAGCGUGUCAAGAAAAGACACGCUGAGACUUUAACUUUAAAUGAGAAACAGAUUCUCACUCGUAUAAAUUCCCAAUUUAUUGUGAGCUUGGCUUACGCUUAUGAAACAAAGGAUUCUUUAUGUCUUGUUCUCACUCUUAUGAACGGAGGUGAUCUCAAGUUCCAUUUGUACAACAUGGCUAAUGGAGGCUUCGAAGAGAAGCGGGUUCAGUUUUACGCCGCUGAAAUUACUUUAGGACUUCAACAUCUUCAUAGAGAACGUAUAAUCUACAGAGAUCUCAAACCAGAAAACAUUCUAUUGGACGAUUACGGUCAUGUUCGCAUUUCUGAUCUUGGCUUAGCUGUUGAAUUGAAAGAAGAGCCUUUCACAAAAGGUCGCGUAGGAACCAUUGGUUAUAUGGCUCCCGAAAUCGUUAAAAACGAUAAAUAUUCUUAUGGUGUUGAUUGGUGGGGACUUGGAUGCCUCAUCUAUGAAAUGAUUGAAGGAAAGGCUCCCUUCCGCGCUCGCAAAGAGAAAGUGAAGAGAGAAGAAGUCGAAAGACGUGUAAAAGAAGACCAAGAGAAGUACUCUUCUAAAUUCUCCGAGCAUGCUCGCACUCUGUGCAGAGGACUUCUUCACAAAGAGCCAACAUUCCGUCUUGGCUGUCGCCGUGUUGGAAAGCCGGAAGAAGGAGCUGAUGAAAUUAGAGCUCAUGCAUUUUUCAACACCGCUGAUGCAACAACCGGUAGAGAAGCUGUCCCAUGGAAAAAGAUGGAGGCUGGAAAGGUUACUCCUCCUUUCUGCCCUGAUCCAAGAGCUGUAUAUGCCAAAGAUGUUCUCGACAUCGAACAAUUCAGUACUGUGAAGGGUGUUCGUAUCGAUCAAAAUGAUAGUCAGUUCUAUUCAAGAUUUAACACUGGCUCUGUAAGCAUCCCUUGGCAGAACGAGAUGUUGGAAACUGAAUGCUUCCAAGAGUUAAAUAUCAUGACAACUGAAACCGGAGAACUUGUAUGGAAUCUGAAACCAGAAACUCUACCAAAGCCAACAGGUGCUAAUGCUGGUUCCAGCGGCGCAGGUACUUCAGCUACUAAUAAUAACGGCGAGCCCGAAGAACGUCAAGGAAUCAUUUCUCGCAUAUUCCGCGGCAAGCUAUUCUGCUUCUCCUAA